AGGGAGCUAAAUUUAGCAGCAAAUUCUUGGCAGAGUGUUGCACUCCCAGCAAGCUAAACAUUUUUCUCAGCCAUGUCGACAGUCAUAUUGGGAUUACUGAGGGUCUGUGGUGGGAGAUUGUGUUAGUGGUGGUUGUAAGAAGCAUGUGUUUUUGGUACUCUGUGUUGUGUCCCAUGAAGCACUCUUCAAGAGGCUGAAUGUGAGGAGUGAAGUAUAGCAGCAGUGAGCAUUCCAGCCAGAGACUAGUGAUGGCAGCUGAAAAUGGAAUACUAUUGGUUGAAGCAUUAUACUCGUUCAAGGGUAAAAAUAAUGAUGAGUUGUGCUUCAGUAAGGGAGACAUCAUCACUGUGACCCAGAAAGAAGAAGGUGGAUGGUGGGAAGGGACAUUUAAUGACAAGACAGGAUGGUUUCCUUCAAAUUAUGUCAAAGAAUAUAAGCUCUCAGAUGGUGGGUGUAUAUCGCCUCAGCCUGCUGAUGCUGACCUCAUCAGCCCUCAGCAUUCCCAGCAGCAACAGAUUUACCGUAAUUUGGUAUUAAAGGACAUUCUCGAGUCUGAACGUAACCAUGUAGCCGACUUGCAGGGUCUUUUGGGAUCACAUCUGGCUUCUCUCCGCAAGGCAGAAUUAUUAUCUGAAGCAGAGUAUAAACAGCUUGUAGGAAAUUUGGAAGAAGUCACUUUAACACACUCACAUCUGGUAUCAUCCUUGGAAGAACAAAGUGAGAGGCCAUCUCGUGACCAGCGGAUAGGUGGAGCAUUCCUCACCAUGGCUCCACAGCUUCAGAAUGCACAUAAGAUAUACUGCACUAACCAUCCUCGAGCAGUGUGCAUGUUAGAAAAAUAUAAAGAUGAACUCAAUAGCUUUAUGGAGUGCCAGGGUGCCACACGGCCAGGCAUCAUGGUGCUGACCACGGCCCUCAGUAAACCAUUUCGGCGGCUGGACAAGUACACAGGGAUGCUGCAGGAGUAUGAGCGACACCUGGAAGAGGGCCACCCAGACCGAGGUGACACACAGCGCUCAUCACAUGUUUAUAAAGAAUUGGCUUCUACCUGCGGUGCUAUCCGGCGGCAAAAAGAACUCGAACUGGAGGUGGUGACAGGUCGUGUGCAUGGCUGGGAUGGUGGAGAAACUCUUGGGUCCCUUGGAGAAAUACUGCGGAUGGGGUCGGUAGCAUUCUUGCCAGAUCACCAAGAUCGAUAUUUAGUCCUGUUUCCCACCGUGUUGAUCAUGCUAGCUGUCUCGCCAAGAAUGAGUGCCUUUAUCUUUGAGGGAAGCUACCCAUUAAGCAGCAUCCAUGUAAGUAAGCUGGAAGAUAGUGACCACCACAAGAAUGCCUUUGAAAUUUCAGGUCCAAUGGUAGAACACAUUGUAGCUGUCUGUCAAACACGACAAGAUCAGCUGCAUUGGGUAGAAGCCUUGAGUCAGCAUAGCCGUAUGGCCCGAUCCUCCAACUUUACCCCUCAUAAAUCCUCGUUAACCUCUCCCCCUGUACCCCCAGCUCAUAGCUCGUCGUUAAUGCCACGGCAGUCCAGCAUCACCAGUGUAACCAGUAACGUAGAUUCACCAGCAAGGCUUCGUCGAUCGGCUGGAGGCAAGGUUUGGAGUAUGUCAUGCCUACGACCUUCACCACCGCUGAGGCCUGGAUUGUCCUUACGAGAUGAAAAGCGGAAUCAGAGGCACAUUAAACGGAAAGAUGACAAGUGGCAUGAGGAUGAUGCACUGAUACUGCGAGUGAUUGAAGCUUACUGCACCAGUGCCAAAACCCGUUAUACCGUCAACUCCACUUUACUGGAUAGUCCUCAAGUGCUGAUUGCAGAGGAAGAGAAAAUCAUUGUUGAAGAAACUCAUGGCAACCAAAUUGUAAUGGAAGAAAAAAGCCUCGUGGACACAGUCUAUGCCCUGAAGGACCAAGUUGCCACACUCCUGCGUGAUUACCAAUCUCUGAAGAAAGCCUUUGAGUUUGAGCAACAGGCCUCAAGAAACUUGCGUAAUAUUAUGAAGCAACAUGUGUUACUGGGAAGAGAUGAUAUAGUAUGGGAUGUGGAGGUGUAAAAGAUAAUGAAUACUGAAUUUCACAGUACAGUACUUUGUACUUGAGAUCUGUCCAUAGUCUUUUCAUCUUAACUUAGUCAUAGCCUAUGAAGUUAUAGCUAAUUGUCAAUUUGCAUAGAGUAAACUGUAUAAAAUAUACCUGAUAUUCAUGACACUUGGUUUAACUUUUUUUUGUUUGGUUGCUCUGAUUUUGGUUGUUCUGUUUAAUUCAGUCAUGAUUAUUUAACUAAAUUAGCAGAGGAUUUCUGUCAUUGGUGUAUAUCGUAUCAUUUAUUUCUGUAGUACCUGGUUAUAAAAGUCUUUUAUUUGUAAACAAUGCAAAAAUAAUGUUAGUUUUUGGUAAGGCUUCACAGUGGCUCCCUGUUGCUUGCAACCUAGUUAGCUUCACAUAUUAUAAGUCACACCAACCCUACAAGUCAUUAAAAGAAUACCUGGGACCCAAGGUGCAAAGAGCAGAGGAUUCAAGCUCAUCCUGAGAAAUAUGCCACCAGAAAAAUAGUGAAACACUACAAGGCAAAUCGAAACAACUCUGAAAACUAGAUACCCAGUAGAUUGGUCAUUCACCCAUUAGUAGCACCAGGUGGUAGGACUGGGAGCUCUUGGACUGGCUGGUGGAGACCCUCAGUCAUUGGCCUGGUAUAGCAACAUUCACUAGUGCACCCCAUGUCACAUUAGCCCUUUGGGUCCCAGUUUUCCAGUUAAGUGUUGGCUAUCCUUUGGACCUUAUCCUGUGGAGGCCAUUUGGUUGUGUUUGUUUCAGCUUUUAUAUAUGUUUUAGGUGCAAGUAUUUGCCGUCCAUCGCUUGUUGUGUAGACUUUGAGAAACUGUUCUCCUCGAAGUGCAUGGGUUCAAGGUUGCCUUCUUUAGGCACUCGCUGGUGUUGCCUCUUCCUUGUCUAGGUUGCCUACCCUGAUGGGUUUGGGUGUCUGUCCUUGAGGAGUGCCAGCCUCCUGUGGAGGGUGCCUUCCACUGGGUUGUACACAGAUAUGUGAAUCCUCUGCGAGGCUCAAGGUUGAGGGGCCGUUGUAAUCUUCUUUGUCUGGGGUUCUUCACACUAGCUGUUUUGUGGGUUUCCCUUUUGACGGCGCUGUGGGGGAGAUGCCUGAUUUGUUUAGCUCUCAUGGUCUCACAAUGCAUGAGCCUUCUGGGGCUUGCAGUGGAAGUGGUCCUUAAUCCCUUCUUUGAUGUUGAGGAUCCAAGACCACCAGUCUCUCUGCAGCCUCUAUUGGUCAUAGCAGAGAGGUUGGAUGAUGGCGUGGUCAAGUUAACCCCUGCUCUGUGGUGGGUGUCCCACUUGUUCUCAGUCCUCAAGUGGGACUUGCAGGACCUGCAGUAUAUUCCCAAUAUAUUUUAUAUUGAAUCACAUCAUUUCCUGUCCAACUUUCCACAUGACUACCUUAGCUCAGGUCUGCCUGAUGUGGCAGGCAGAUUCCUGGAUGGUGUCCCAGGAUCUAUGGGACACCUAUUGUCAUUUAUUUAUUUAUAUAUAUACAAGAAAGUACAUUGGGUUUGUGAGGGAUACAUAGCAUGGUAUUUACAUUCUUGUAAAGCCACUAGUAUGCGCAACGUUUCGGGCAGGUCAUGUAUCCAUUCAUCUCCAGUUUAAGGACUGGCUGAAUUUUGGUGUGGGGUGUCAGGCUUACCAUUACAGUAUUGGGUUCUUCUAUUUCGCUAACAGCCCCAUUCAAAGCUGGAGAAUUGCUGACCUGGAAAGCGUGCAAAGAUCUAGAAUCCACUAGAAUCCACUCAAUAAAACGUCUAAAUUAUUGAGACUGCCUAAUAAUUUUAAAUUUGUAUUCCCUAGAGUGCAGGCGAGAUAGAUACAUAAUAAUUUACACAAAAAAAAUAUUAGGACUGGUCCCAAACCUGCACACAGAAAAAACAUCACAUGAGACCAGAAGGCAUGGCAGAAUGUGUAAAAUAACCCCACUGAAAAGCAAAGGCGUAAAAGGCAUGUUGAGAGAGAACUUGAUCAACAUCAAAGGCCUAAGACUUUUCAACACACUUCCCCUACACAUACAGGGCAUAACUGGCUGAUCUCGCGCAGUGUUCAAAAGAGAACUCUAUAAGCACCUUCAAAGGAUACCUGAUCAACCAGGCUGUGACUUGUACAUCAGUUUUAUUUGUUUUGGACUAAGUCCCCAGACUGUGUUACCCAUUCAUUGAUCUGGAUUCUUAUUACAGCCCAAGUGAGAGAGAGAAAUUUUUAAAUUACCUGUAUUACCCAGGUUCUCAGGUUUUUAACUGCUCUCCUAAAUAUAAUAUUUUGCCAAUGUGGAUAUGCACGUGUGGUACUAAAUAGGUAGCUAAAAAUAGUUAUGUAUAAUAGGAGUUUGAUGACAAUAUAGUGGUCACUGAUGGCAGCUCUUUGAAUAUGCUAGAGUGUGGAUUAGUAUUGUCAUAUAUAAUUAAAACCAGUUUUAGUUGUAACAAACCAUAGAUAUAACAAAUUUCAUUUGACUGAUAUAGUAUUUGUCAAAUUCCUUACACCAGAAGUAACAGUUUUGUAAUUUUGACUUUGUAAAUUUGUUUUUUCAAUACUACUGAAGAAUGAUCGUCUAUUUGCAAAUUCCUUCUGACAUUGCCAAUAAUAAUUUGUUUAAGGUUGAUUACUAGUAGUUAAAAAGUUUUAACCAUGAUGCAGAUGUUAAGAUUAUUUUACUAGAUAGGACACCACAUGGAGGAUGGUGAACACUGAUGUUAUUAUUUCUUAAUCAACUCAUGUGCUGUCUAUAUAUUCCUACAUCCUUUGUAUUAUAUGUCUAUACUGUAUUCUUUGAAAAUUUAUUAAAACAAAAGCAUUCA